CCUUCCUGUGUCGCGUGUAGCAUCCUGGUGUAACUCCGGACUGCUGUACUGGCCUGGACCGGCGCAUAACGUCUAUAUGAACACAGGCGUCGCCAACCUCGACCGCCAGGAACAAGUCGUGGAGCUUUUCUCGUCUUCACCUCCUCGUGCACAAGGUUCAGCCGAGCUCAAGUAGCACGCCAUUGCGCGCCUUCUUGUACUUCCCCACCCACCACUGGUCGACAUCCACGAUGGCCGCCAUUAACACCAACACCAAGGCUAGCCUUGAGAUCACCAAGGGCGCAACUGUUUUCGAGCCAAUCCCGCUCGAUGUCAGCGAGUCCAACUCGGUUCACGAUGAGGAUGAGAGGCUGCUUGGUCCUUUCCCCACAGAAGAGGAGUGGGCCACGCUUCCUCGUGUAGCUGGUCGCAUCCCAUGGACGGCAUGGACUGUUGCCGCUGUCGAGUUUGUCGAGCGCUUCUCGUACUACGGAACGUCCGCUGUCUUUGUCAACUUCAUCCAGAAGAAGCUUCCCCCGGGUAGCAAGACUGGUGCUGGUUUCCUCAAGAAGCCCGGUUCUGGCGCGCUCAACAUGGGACAGCGGGCUUCAACUGGUAUGACAACUUUCAACCAGUUCUGGUCUUACUUCACGCCACUGUUCGGUGCCUGGAUUGCCGACGAGUACUGGGGUCGUUACAAGACCAUUCAGUGGGCCAACAUCAUUUCGAUCAUUGGUCACAUCAUCUUGAUCUUCUCCGCUAUUCCAGCUGUCAUCGUCAAGCCCAAUGCCGCCAUGGGUAUCUUUGCCGUUGGUCUCGUCGUCAUGGGAAUUGGUACCGGUGGUUUCAAGUCCAACAUCUCGCCCCUCAUCGCCGAACAGUACAAGAACCAAAAGGCAUACGUGCGCACCAGAAAGGAUGGUAAGAAGGAGAUUGUGGAUCCCGCUACAACGACCGCGCGAAUCUACAUCUACUUCUACUUGCUCAUCAACGCUGGAUCCCUUACUGGAUCACUCGCCAUGGUCUACUCGGAGCACUUUGUUGGUUUCUGGCUGAGUUUCACCCUGCCGACUAUCUGCUACCUUCUGUGCCCCUUUAUCCUCUUGUAUUUCAAGAAGACAUACAAGCUCACGCCACCUACCGGCUCUGUCAUGGGCAAGGCGUGGAAGCUUAUCCGCUACGCGAGCAAGAGGAGCGACCGCAAGAACGUUCUCAAGGAUCCUCUUUUCUGGGACCGCAUCAAGCCGAGCGCGCUUGCAGCUCGUGGUGAGGUCCUUCCGGCCUUCAUGACCUUCGAUGAUGCGUGGGUUGACGAGGUCCGUCGCGGUGUUCUUGCCUGCAAGGUUUUCCUUUGGUACCCCCUCUACUGGCUUGCUUACAACCAAAUGAUGAACAACCUCGUUUCUCAAGCCGGAACGAUGAACUUGGGCAGCACACCGAACGACAUCGUUGCCAAGCUGAACCCGAUCUUCAUUGUCAUCGUCAUCCCGAUCAUGGACUUCAUUGUUUACCCGGCUCUUCGCAAGGCUGGUGUUGUUCUCUCGCCCAUCAAGAAAAUCACCGCUGGAUUUGCACUCAGCUCUAUGGCCAUGGUUUCAGCUUGUGUGACCCAAUACUACAUCUACAAGAUGAGCCCCUGCGGCAACCAGAUCAACAAGCUCACCAAGGCUGGUAGGGACUGCAGUGCCGACAUCUCGGUCUGGGUCCAAGUCUUCCCUUACGGUCUGGUGGGCAUGUCUGAGGUGCUUGCCUCAAUCACCAAGCUGGAGUACGCGUAUACUAAGGCCCCCGCCAACAUGAAGUCUACCAUCCAGGCUAUCGCUCUCUCUACAUCCGCGGUCUCUGCUGCUCUUGGUCAAGCUCUCGUCGCUUUGUCUGACGAUCCCCUUCUUGUCUGGAACUACGGGUCCGUGGCUAUCGUUGCUGCUAUCGGUGGUAUUGGUUUCUACUUCACCUUCCGCAACGCUGAUAAGGAGGAAGACGCACUCAACAACCUUAAGGAGAGUGAAUACCUUGGUGGUCGCGGGCAGGGCGAUGCUGAGAGCAUCUCUGUCCACAGCGUCAGGGAUGAGAAGAACGAGAAGCUCUAAGCUUGUCUUCCACGAGUGGACAGU